CAUCAACAUAUUCUAAUAUAUUGCUUUCUUACCAAGGGGUCAAUGUGUUAUGUCAGUAUGUGAAUAACUAAGUAAUAUUGUUAAUAAAAAGUAUGUCGCACUACUGUGGAUACAGGGAUACCCAUUCUGUCAUUGCUGAUGCUUGAAAUGCUCAAUUUGGCGGAAUGUCCUGUCAACUCCCAGGCCCAGGAACAGUGCAAAGUUUCAUACAUCUGUACAGGCAAGAAAACUGACUUCUAUCACAUUACAUGUGUGGUUGUGUCUGAUUAUCGAGACAUUGCACUAGCUUGGUAUCUCAGUUUAAUGCUCAUUGAUUGUUUAUAUAAAGUGUGCUGAACGGAGGUUGCUACAUGGACAUAUCUGCAUAUUGAGGGAGGUUUAAGUGUAUUAAUAGUUUUUGCUAAUUCUCUAUUUAUCGAAAUGGAUUUGAAGGAAAAUAUAUCAGCUCAUGAAAUUGCAUUGGCUCGAAAGCUUAAAUCAUACUGCACACCUUUUGGGGAUGAAAUAAAGUCAAAACUACGUGAAUCAACUGAAAUUUUAUAUGAAAUGGGAAAAAUUUACCUUGAAAAAGCUAAAAUCACUCAAGGUAUGCUUCAAAAACUGAAUUUUAUAAAAUGUUCUGCCUUGUUAAAUGGUGUGAUUGUUCGAUUCAAAAUACUUAACAACGUUCUUGGAACAUUGAACACAAUUGAAACCUUGAGGGAGAUGAAUAUAAUGCUGAUUGAGGCAUCAAAUGCUAAAGACGCUUCCUUCGACUUGUACAAGAUUUCAAAAGAUGUUUCUGAUUGGUUGCAAUGUUUACGUAAAACAGAAAAAACUGAUUUGGCCAAAUUAUCAACCUCUAAUGAAGAAGAUUUAACAGAUGUUGGUUGGCAAGACUUGCAGAUACAUCACACUAAAAUUUAUGAAAUUAGGUCAAUGAUGGAGAGAAAUACUCGGAAUUACAAAGAAAUUAUGCAUUUCGUGUCUGAGAAAUGUGUACAAAUCCUUGGAGAAGCCCCAUGUAAAUUCACUGUUGUUGGCUUGGGAUCUCUUGCAAGAGAUGAAAUCACUUUAUACUCAGAUUUUGAACAUGUUAUUAUACUUCAAGAGGGGAUUCAAUAUUCUUCCGAUUAUCACAACGUUCGAGACUACUUUCGCUGGUUUGCUGUUAUAUUUCAGGUUAUUAUAAUUGGAAUCGGUGAAACUUUCAUUCGAAGUGUUGGAGUAAAAAGUAUAAAUGACUUAUACUCAGGAGACAAGUCGAAAAAUUGGUAUUAUGAUGUAUUUACUCCAAGUGGUGUUUCGUUCGAUGGUAGAGUACCUCAUUCAUGUAACACUCCUUUAGGAAGACAAGAGCCAACUGAAAAAUAUACCCAUGUCGUAGAGCUUAUACAACCUGUAAUGGUAAUGGUUACAUUUUUACUAUCUGAAUCACAUUUGAAAAAUGGGUAUUAUUUGAAAGAUUUAUUAGCGCGUACAUGCUUCGUAUAUGGAGAUGAAAAUGUUUACAAACUAUUUGACAAUGUUUCUAAAUGGAUCUUGGAUGCACAACGAUUAUCUAAAGAGGAAUUCUCUAAAAGUCUUCAAGAAAAUAUUAAUAUUAAACUUCAAGGGAAGUUUUUUGUGAUAUCUGGAACGUAUAAUUAUUUACAGGAUGUAAAACAAAUGUUUUAUCGGCCUUUAACUGCAUUGUUGUCUUGUGUUGACAGACUACAAAAUUUUCAUUCUACUACGACAUGGGACACCAUUAGUGCGUUGAUGAAGUCUGAAAUAAUCUCAAAUGGGGGCUUCAAUAAACUCCGUUUUGCUCUUGCAAUUGCUUGUGAACUCAGGCUUAAACUAUACUCUACUUUUGGAAACCAGCGACAGAAAUUGAGCCAGUCCGAGGUUGUUCAUUUAGUUGGGAAGCAAAACGCACUUCAUUGUGCGCUGAAUUAUGCUAAAUUCCAUAGUUUUGUCAGACCGUUAAUAUAUCCUGAUGAAAUUGGGACAAAAGUACCCGAACGUUUAGUUCCUUUUUUUGACCAAUCAGUAUUGGUAUCUUUUUAUGCGCUGGGUUAUUGGGAAGACGCUGCAAAAGUUUUGUUGAAAAUGUUGGAAAUUCUCGAACAAGAUGAUCAUGGAGUUAAAAAUGUGAAUUCUUCGGAAGUGCGUUACAAUUUAGCAUCCCUUUAUUCAAGUCUUUAUGAGCACAGGAAAUCAUCACACAAAGAAAGAGUAGAACUGUUGAAUAAAGUUGAACAUCAGUUAUCUUACUUGGAAAAUGAUUCCUCUAUACAAUAUGACGUUACUCUGUUGCUUAGCAAUGUCUAUUUUCGUCGUCAAAUGUAUGAAAAAGUGGUGGAAAUUGUGGAAAAAAAUUCUAUUGAGUUUAAAAGAAACCUCAACCAUCAACUUCUUUAUUUGAUUUCUAUGUUGGAAUGUCGCACUCCAGAAAUUGUACUCGAGUUUUGUUGUAAAGGCUUGUCCGAAACAAAUGAUAAUAUUUCUCAAAUGUGUUUCGAAUUUGGCCGAUCGUUAGCUAAAGUUAAAAUGAAAAAAGAGUUGGAAAAGGGUGAAUUUUUUCAUUUGGUUUCAAAAGCUGAGGAGAAUAUUGCCAAAAUUCAAGAACAACAUAUUCCUUUACUUUUUGGAAUGCUGUAUUAUAUUCCAAGCCAUAGUAGAAAAUGGGAUGAUACACUUUCAAUUUUGAAUCUUGCAGAUAGAGUUCUUGAAUCUCUGCUUAUUUCAGUGGAUCCUUUAUCGAUAAAUGAUGAAGUUUAUCUCAUGUGUGUUUUGGAAUGUUAUACGCAAAAGUUCAACAAAGAGAAAAAUAAUUUUAGAAAACUCGAUUACGUUUUAAAGAUACUAACAGCUUAUCAAGAAUUUGUCUCUCGUUCUGCAUUUAUUACUUUGCCCGAGAAAUAUAUUACAACAUACUAUAUAACUUCAUGGGCUGCGGUUGCAUUUAUGCCUGAAGAUGUCCUCGAGUCAUACUUUCCUGAAAUUUCAAAAGUUAUAUCACAGACUCCUGAGGACUUAAGUAAUAUGCAUACAGUUUCCAUUGAUCAAGCAAGGAUUAUUUUCAAAAUUUUAUUCAGCUAUGAGGAACGAGUAAGAAAUGGGAAACUUUUUGAAUUAUGUCGUGAAAUGGUUUUGGUGUUAUCACAUUUACAAAAGGACCUAUGUCAUCAGUUGUAUAACGAAUGGGUGACAUUACUUCGAGAUCGUGUCUGUUCGAAAUUAGUCGAAUCAUGGUAUGAAAGACAUUUUUGUGGAAAAUUAAAAGAAGGUCCUUCAUAUUUAUGGAAAUUAAUUGUAAAAAACAAUUCGAGAAAAUUGUUUUUAAAUACUGAAAAACUUUCUAUCAAUAUGAUUUUCGAAAUGGUUUCAAUCACUCCAUUAAUUAAAUGCCUUUGGCAAAGUUGGAACAAUUUUAUAAAAACAAAUUCAGAGAUGAUGUAUAUGUAUCAAAUUACCCAAGAAUUCAACAAAGCAGCAACGUUAUUUUCUUCUGGUAAUCUUGAAAUAUCAGCAGCUUUGUUAUGGAGACUAAUCCAUGUUGGAAAAAUUACAACUACGCUAAAAUUUAAGUCAUUGAUAAUGUUUAUUGAUAGCAUUGUAUUAAUCAAUAGCUCCCAUCUUUUGAUCAAAUUUUAAUAACAAGAUUGUGUAUAAUAAUUAUUCAGACCAUGUAUGCUAUUGAGCUAUGCGCAAUUGGUCUGAAUCCGAUCCUCGACAUCAAUGCGGCUGCAAAAAUCAGCCCCCAUUUUUUGAUCAUAAAGUAUGUUUUGAUGUAUAAAGAUUUUCAGACUAUGUCGAAAUUUUCAAAUACAUAGUGCUUUUCAUUUUUCUCAAACAUUUUGUUUAUCUGUGAUCGUCUUCUAAAGAGGUUCCACACUGUCCACCACUUUUCUGUAAAAGUAUUUAGUUUUGCUCAACAUCUUAUUUCAUAUGUCAAGUUUAAUAAUAUAAACAUAGCAAACAUAAGAAUUACAGUCAAGAUUUAACAAAUAACAGUCAAUUUACCUAAAUUAAUAUAGUCAUUUGGAAUGGUACGUAGCGAAUGCCUUUGCUUGUGGCCUUCUAAAAACGCUUCAUAGCCCCUCGAUUUGGGCUAAAGGCCCAGUUUCUGAAACCUCGUUCUAAACAAUUAAUAUUGUAUGUCUUCGUACUUUAAAACUAAGUACUACAUUAUGCAUGUAUUAAUAAAUUUGUAUGUUUUUAUUUCUCAUUCCAAGUCUUCAUUAUAAACUUAAAUUUUUUUUGUAAUAUUUCUAAUGAGCCUCAAAGAUUUUUUAUUCUGUUAUGGUGCGUGUAAAGACAUUUUGCUUAACAUAAUUGAAAAAAAUAUUGCCUCUUAUAAAAUCCUCGUUAUUAUUUUAUGUUGUUGCUUAAUUCCUCAUUCCAACCAGCCUAUAUUCAGAAUAAUCAAGUCUUCAUUAUAAUCUUCAAUUUUUUUUUGUAAUAUUUUUCUAAUGAGCCUCAAAAAGAUUUUCAUUGUGUUUGUUGUUUGGCAUAAUUUUAUAUUAUGGUGUAAAAAUAUAUUGCUCAACGUAUUUGCAAAAAAUAUGUUGAAUCUCUUAUUGAAUCUUCGUUAUUAUUCUAUGUUGUUGAUUAAUUUUAUUGCCAUAUUUUUCCACGAACUCUCGUUCAUACUUUCCACUGAUUCAUGAAAUUUAAACUGUGAUUGAAAUGUAAUAUAUUUGAUAAUUUCCAUUUAUAG